CCUCAACCCAUGGCAAGGCCCAUGUGCUCAUUGUGAAUGAAAUGGCGUGAUGUUUUGAUGUUCAACUUGCAGAAGUCCUUUAGUGCCAUGGCUUCCAAAGAACGCACUAAGGUGAUUUUGGGGCAUCUCAAGCCAACAAUCAGCAGCGAGGAGGCUGCCUCGACGCGAACGGGGGAUUUUGUAUGCCGGGGAUACAGUACCGGUAGCGUGGCUGUCGAGGCGAGUGGUACCGUCCAAAGAGACGAGGAGACGGAUACAAGGAGACCCAUACAGUUGCAUGACUGUGCUGCCACCUCGGCACCACCUGACAAAACUCCCAGGAUUCCCAAAGUCAGACAAGAUGUGUUGAAAUGGAAUGGUUGGGGCUACAGAGACUCCAAAUUUGUGAUUGAUGACAAAGAGAAUAUCUCAUUCAGUGGGAGCAGGUAUAACAUUGCAGGUGAACUGCCUCACUUCAGAGCGUGGAUUGACACAAUUGAGGGGUUCAACAUAGAGAACAGAAGCCUGUCACAGGAUGAGAUUCGGCCAGAAAGGUUGCCGAGUGUCACACGCAAUGAGGAUUUCUUGGAAGACAUCCAGAAAGAGGGAAUCUCUUUCUCUUUUGACACCCAAGACAGACUUUUCCGGGCUCAUGGUCAUACAUUGGAUGAAAUAUUUGCACUCCGUGAGGGAAACUUUGAACGCAUUCCAGAUAUCGUUUUGUGGCCAACAUCUCAUGACCAUGUUUGUAAGAUUGUACAGCUGGCUUGCAAGCACAAUGUUUGUAUCAUUCCAUUUGGAGGUGGAACCAGUGUGACCAAAUCAUUACAAUGCCCUGCGGAGGAAAAGCGAAUGAUUGUUUCACUGGAUAUGUCACAAAUGAACCGUAUUUUGUGGGUGGAUGAGAAGAAUCUGACAGCUCACAUAGAGGCAGGAAUUAUGGGAAUGGAUCUUGAAAGAGAGCUUGGUAAGUAUGGUCUGUGCACAGGUCAUGAACCAGACUCGAUGGAGUUCAGCUCCCUUGGUGGUUGGGUGGCUACUAGAGCUUCUGGAAUGAAGAAGAACGUCUACGGCAACAUUGAGGAUCUGCUGGUGCAUGUUAAAAUGGUCUCGCCAAGAGGUGUACUUGAAAAGAAUUGUCAGGUGCCAAGGAUGUCAACUGGCCCAGACAUCCAUCAUUUUAUCCUGGGGUCUGAGGGCACGCUGGGUGUUGUGACAGAGGUCACACUGAGGGUGCGCCCCAUCCCACAAGUCCGGCGGUAUGGUUCAGUGGUCUUCCCCACAUUUCACCAAGGAGUUGACUUCAUGAGGGAAGUGGCCAGGCAGCGAUGUGCCCCAGCUUCCAUUAGGCUCAUGGACAAUGAACAGUUCAAGUUCGGGCAAGCUCUGAAGGGUCCAGCAGCAUCCAUGUGGACAUCACUGAUGGACAGCUUGAAAAAAGUCUACGUAACCAAGCUGAAGAGAUUUGAUCCAAAUAUCAUGGUUGUAGCCACACUUCUCUUUGAAGGAGCCAAAGAGGAUGUAGCAGCCCAAGAAAAGAAAGUCUACACAAUUGCCACGGAAUAUGGGGGUCUGGCUGGUGGUGAAGACAAUGGGCAGAGGGGCUACAAUCUGACGUUUGCCAUCGCCUAUCUCAGAGAUCUUGGGUUGGAUUUUUACAUCAUUGCCGAGUCAUUUGAAACAACCGUGCCUUGGGAUCGUGUGAUUGAUCUUUGCCGCAAUGUGAAAGAACGGCUAUACAGUGAAUGCAAGCGACAUGGCAUACAGUACCGUCCCUUAGCAACGUGCAGAGUCACCCAGACCUAUGAUUCGGGGGCCUGUGUUUAUUUCUACUUUGCUUACAUGUACCGUGGCCUUAGUAACCCUAUCGAGGUUUAUGAAGAUAUCGAGGCUGCAGCAAGGGAUGAGAUCUUGGGUAUCGGAGGAAGUCUGUCCCAUCACCAUGGAGUUGGGAAGCUCCGCAAGCAAUGGAUGACCAAGGCAAUCUCGGAACCAGGUGUGGAAACAUUACGUGCCAUCAAGAAACAUCUCGACCCACAGAACAUCUUUGGAAACAACUGCCUUAUUUGAAGUGCACAUUAAUUUUGCAUUUUUUUAAUGUUACACAGCAAGUCAUCUCAUCAAAGCUGAACAGAUACCCGCUUUUUCCUAUGACGAAUUUUCUUCUGAGGGGGAAAAAUACCACUUGAGUGUCUUUCUUUGUUUUUUAAGCAAGCUGAUCAAAGUGUCUUUAAUGUCCUUCCUUGAUUGACAACUUUAUUUUUAUGUAAAUUGAUCUAGUCCUUUUUAUGGAUGGAUGAACAGUGACACAUUACGUUAUACAGAAUUUGUUGUUGCAUUGUUGUAAUUGUAACUGCUAUUUUUAUGUGCUCUUGCAUUUGGCCAACAUGUCUGUCAGUGCAGUAAUAUUGUUUAUCAGCCACGACAGAAUCAAAAUUAAUUUUGUGUGAUACUCUCAUGUGCUUGACUAGGAUUCUGAAAAUCAGGAAUCUAUCGUGCAGUGUUUCCCUCAGGGUAAUGAUAAGAGUGAGGUGGUCCAAUAAUAGAAAUGUAUCAGUGUUUGUAGUGAAUACAUUGGCCUUGCUGGGUGUGCUGACAGGGUCUUAAAUAAGAUCCGAAUUGUGCAUGCACUGUUAUUUUAUGCCUUGUGUGACCUUUGGUUUAUCAAAACAAUCCAAAGGUGAUCUACAUGUAUUCUACAAAUGUUUAGCUUUCUGUUGUUCAUGCUUUCUUUGAUUAUUUUCCUUUUCAUUGAGUGAAAAGAACUUUGUGAGGUGGGCCACUUCACGUUUGAAUGGACUGACGAAACCCCGGCAUUGUGUGCAUUGUAAAUGUUCUCAAAAAGUCAUAGAUGUAUACUAUAUCAUAUUAAUGUGGGUCGCACAGAGAUUCAUUGAUCAAUAUGUAGUUGACAAUAUAAUGGGCCAAUUAUAUUCGACAACAAAAUGAACCACUCAAGUGUGCUUAAAUGUAAACUUCAAAUUUCCUCACUAGUUUAUGCAUGAAUUGAAUGCAGACAUUUUGUUGUAAUGGUAAUCUAAUCGUGAAGACUAAUGCAAGCAUUGUAAAAGAUUUACAGGCAGGUGUAGUAGAGAGGUAAUUAUGGAAUUACAAUUGAAAUCAAAUUUGUCAAUAUGGGCAAUAAUAUAAAAAGAUUAAACAAUAUUAAGGCAUGCUUUUGUUACUGUGGACUAUCUGUAGCAACUUCAUAAAUACCUUAAGAAGGCCUGUUUCAACCUCUCGACAUUUUUCAGUCUAUGUCUGAUUAGACAUUUUUUUGAUUUUUGUUUUGAUGUAAAAUUUCUUGAAUAUCCUAUUGUGAUUAGGAAGCUUAAUGAUAAAUAUCUUAGUCAGAAAUUGAAAUAAUGUGAAUUUUUAAAAUUGAUUCAAAAACCAAGAUCUUAAUUAAAUACAAAAUUGUCCAGGGAACUUUGCAUUUAUUUAGUACUUUUAAAGCAAAAUGUUCUGUGUGCAUCAUCACGACUUACUCUUCACAGACUGCAGAAUAUCAUGGGGAAAAGAUGGGAAAAAACCCAUUUGAGAAUUAUUUUUUGUCCCAUUUGUUCAUUGUUUUUAGUGAAGCAACGCAUGCUAGUAAAAUAGCAAAAGAACUUAUUUGCAUUUAUGUGCAGUAGAGAGAUAUUUGUUAUUCCACUGUAGUUUAAUGAAAACAAAUUGUCUUGGUGAUGUACAACAUGUGACGAAUCAUCUUCAGGAUGAGGGUAAUUUUUAUAAGUAAUGCAGAGAUACAAGUAAGUUUAAAAUACAGUCAGUGAAGGUAUUGGCACUUAAAUUUUUUUAAACAAUUAUAAUUUGUCAGCCAUAAACAUUUAAGUAUCCAACUUGAUUCAUGUGCUGUUUUUCAUAGUUAGGUUUGUCCUUUGGUUUGCAGAUAAGUGCAUCCAUUUUGAACAUUUGAUGUUGGACUGUGCCCAUACAUGUACACUGCCAGUCAUUACAUAAAUGUAUUUCCUCACUAGAUUUCAAAACGAAAUCAGUUAUAAACUGAGAUUUCUUUCCGACGACCUGUGCAGCUUUAAUUUACCAAGUACUGUUUGUAAUAUUGUUGAGUAAUAGACCUAGAACAUAAUGAUGCCAUGCUUUGUUUACAUGUGCACUUUCCUUUGGGAGAUCGAUGGAUCGUGUCCCACCUCACUGCUGGAGAAACCAAAACCAAAUGUUAUCAGUCAGGUAAUAAGGUGGUUAAUUUUUCUAGGGAAAAAAGGCGCUCUAAUUGGUCCUCAUAAGCUGUUUGCCUUUAUUUCAAUGCACUGGCUAAAAAUAUUGAAACUUGAUGCUAUAUUUUAGUGGUCCACUUUCAUGAAAAAAAUUCUAGGCAGUGCUACCUAUAGCUUCUAAACUUUUUGUUGGACAGUUGGAAAGGGAAAAUACCCCUUAAUGUUUGUAGUUAAUGCUGUAAGGAGAAUAAAAUAAUAUCCUGGAACCAGGUUGUUUUUAUUGAUUGUUAGGUUCAGUGCUAGGUUUGAGGUUGGGGGAGCGCGAGGAAUUUCUUCUAAAAUAAAGAUCCAUAGUUCUCUUCAUCAAUCUACAAACAAGUCUAACCCCAGUCCUGAGGAAAAGGACAGAUACCAAAUGAUUGAAGCAAACGUGCGAAGUGUUUGCACUUUCAUUUCCUGAAAAUUCCAUGUGGAUUACCAGAUUUUUUGUUUUAUGAUAAUGUUGGUAUUAUUUUAAGAGCAUCUUCAUGGAAGACUGUGCUGUUUGUCUUUGGAUGGAAAGCAUAAACAUGGCUUGAAAAUCGACUAUUCAAGUUUCAUAUUUGUCUGGGAGAGGAAGAACU